UCACAAUUAUGUUGGUCUGUUCUGGUAUGUUUGUGUUGGUUUGUCACACAAAAUACCAGAGGUAUCCAUACUUUUUCAAGGCACUGUAAACAAAUGACUAUGUGACAGCAGUAACAUACUUGUAAUGCAAAUUUGGGAAACUUUUAUGGAAAUAAAUGAUGAUGCAAUGAAGUGUGAAAUUAUUAUUUUACCAAUGUUCCGGAUUAUACUGUAAGUUUCAUACUACUCUCUGGUACUUUCCAGUUGUCGAUGAGAUUUUGGUUUGUUUUGUGUUUUCAUUUUUGACCAGUAAUAAGUGGAGGUCUUGGCUCCACUCCCAGCUCCUGUCCUGGUUUUCAGCAUCGGUCAAGCCUCUUGUCUAGACAGCGCAGAUAGCAGGAGGUCCGGAGCUGGGAGUCCCUGCUGCUCCAUACUCCAUCCCUGGUGUUCCCGACCGCCGGCUCUUUGUCCCCGGAACUCGCUCUCACUCCUGCCAGUCCGCCGGGGCUUUUUUUUUUUUUUUUUUUUACUCGCAUCUGGAUCCCAGUACGAGUCGCAAACAGCCCAGCGUCCUCUGCCGCAGAAACCACGGCGUCUUUAAAUUCGGGAAAGCAAGCAAGAAAAGAAAAAAGGGAAGACAGAAGAAUCCCAGCUCUCCUCCGGCUACUUUCUGCGGUCUGCUGUCCUCCCGUGGUUCGUCGAAGCCGUGAAGCAGUUUGUGUGAGACUGAUUGUUGCCUCAAGUUGGGGAGAAAGUUUUUUUUUCAGCUCGCUGUUUUCGCACAUAAACUUUUUUUUCUGUCGAGUCUGAGACUUCAUAUUUAACUAACAGUUGUUGCUUUUAAACGGGCGACGUUUUAACAGGGUUUAGACGUAUUUUGUGUUUUUUUUUUUUUUCUGGCUCCAACUAGUUGCUGCAGAGCUGGCCUCGGAGCUGCUGUGAAUGAAGUUUCUGUUGGGCUGAAGAAAUCUCCAAGAGGAAACUCAGCCUCGGAGGCGCACUAACCUUUCCUUAGCUAGCACACACCUGGGUGGCUCUAAACCUAUUCUUAAUUUCCUUUUUACGGCUUUUACGUUUAAAAAAAAAAAAAAAAAUCCCAGUAAGACCCACGAUGAAGACGCUGUUGUUGCUGUGUGUAGUCUGCACGCUGACUGUGUUGUCCGUGUCGGGGACCACGGAGCCAAAGUUGAAAAACUGUAACGAAGUUCGGGCUGCGUUCAGCUCCAAAGGCUUCAACAUGAACGAUGUCCCCAACAAAGCAACCAACGGAGCCUCCCUGAAAGUGUGUCCGCAGGGUUUCUCCUGCUGCACGGUGGAGAUGGAGGACAAACUGAGCCAGCAGAGCCACGCAGAGAUCAAAGCUCCCGUUUUCAGGCUUAGCAUCAACCUGCAAUCCACCUUCAAACAGAGACAUGACCACUUUGACAAGUUUUUCCGAGAGCUUUUGAAAAACUCAGAGGUCUCGCUGCACAACAUGUUCCUCCGAACCUACGGGAUGAUGUACAUGGAGAACGCCGAGCUGUUCAAGAAUUUCUUUGUGUCUCUGACCCGGUACUACACGUCCGGCAGCUCAGCCGUCAACCUGAGCUCCAUGCUGUCUGACUUCUGGGCCGAUCUUCUGGAGAGGAUGUUCCGGCUGGUCAACGUUCAGUACGAGUUUAACGACACCUACAUGGAAUGCGUGAGCCGGCACACGGACCAGCUGCAGCCGUUCGGCGACGUUCCCCGCAAGCUCCGGAUCCAGAUAACACGAGCCUUCGUGGCCGCCCGCACCUUUGUGCGAGGGCUUUCACUAAUGCCAGACGUGGUGAAUAAGGUGUCUACGGUCAGUGCAUCUCCCAGCUGCGUCCGAGCAGCCAUGAAGAUGUUGUACUGUCCCUACUGCUCAGGCCAAGUUGCCCUGAAGCCCUGCCAGAAUUACUGUCUGAAUGUGAUGCGUGGGUGUUUGGCUAACCAGGCGGACCUGGACACAGAAUGGAACAACUUCCUCGAUGCCAUGCUUGGUCUAGCCGAGAGGCUUGAAGGUCCGUUUAAUUUUGAGUCUGUCAUGGAUCCCAUCGACGUCAAGAUUUCAGAGGCCAUCAUGAAUAUGCAGGAGAACAGUAUGCAAGUGUCACAGAAGGUUUUUCAAGGAUGUGGGACACCCAAACCAAACGUGGCAUUCCGGUCCACACGCUCAGUGAGGGAAACGGGCUUUACCGGCCGCUUCCGGCCUUAUAGUCCGGAAGCAAGACCGACCACUGCUGCUGGGACCAGUUUAGAUCGAUUGACGGUGGAAGUGAAGAAGAAGCUGAAACAUGCAAAGAAGUUCUGGUCUACAUUACCAGAGACUGUGUGUGCAGGCGAAAGGAUUGCACCUGGCGAUGAGUGUUGGAACGGUACAGCCAAAAGCAGGUACCAGUCAGAUGUGAUUGGCAACGGGCUGGCCAACCAGGUAUCAAACCCUGAUGUGGAGGUGGACAUUACCAAACCAGAUGUCGUGAUUCGCAGUCAGAUUGCAGUUUUAAAGGACAUGACGAGCAGGCUGAAAGCAGCACACAGUGGAAAUGAUAAUGAAAUCUCUUUUGAUACUGAGGAGGAACCUAGCGGAGAUGGAGAGAGCGGCAGCGGCUGCGACUCUCCAUCGUGCAGCGGAGAUGACAUCUACUUCUCCACCCCACUGAACCCUGUCACUCCACAGGUUAAUAAGAAGCACCACGAGAAAUCAGCUGGGGUGUCCUCACAGGGAAGCAUGGCGCUGGCGCUCUGCGGGCUGGCCCUGCUCAUUCCCCACUUGAGAUAAAACUAGCAGGACGGCGAGGAAGAGAUUACCAGGAUUAAAAGAAUGAAGGGGAACCCUGUCAGAGAGACUUUAAAAAGACUGCCUUCAGGACCUCAGACUGUCCGCUGUGGGGGGAGGGGUGGGAAGACUCUUCUUGAUAUUACAAUAACUUCACUAUUAACUAUUUGUAUGUUUGUAAGGACAUCAGUGUACAGCAGGGAGAUUUUUCUUCUGGAAAAUCCACCUCCCCCCUUCCCUAGAUAAACUUAAACUCCGGUGGCUACCUCUGGAGACUCCUUAAGGUUCUGCUUGCAGCAUUACAAACAUAUAACUGUCUCUCGUAGCAAAUUGUGCCUUUUCCAGCGAUCGCCAUCAAACUGACAUUUCAUUUAUUAAGAACAGUUGACGUUUGGUUGAACAGGAAGUGCCUGUAUUGGAUGGUCUUGCUGUCCAUUAUUCAUAGAUUGUUUGCAACACGCAAACUAUGAAUUAUUUUGUAGUGGUUAGGUCAUGAAGGCCUCAGUCAUGAAUCAUUUUCAGCAUUUUUUUGUUAUUUUUAGACAAGAUAAGGGUAAACGAAGAGUACCACUCAUCACUCAGAAAUACAGCAAGAUGUUACAACACAGGCAUUUUAUUUUGACCCAACAAGCCUUAAGGGCACUCAGCAAGCCCAAACAUGUGUAUUGUAUGUCAGCUAUCAGCUUUAUAACACCCUAAUCUUUCUGUCAUUGUUUAAUUACCAAUGUCAUACCUCAUACAUACUCUCAUUGUCGAUGUAAACCAGAGUUGGACGUGUCUGAAAGAGCUGGACACCUCCAGAAGAAGGCAAAGGUGACGAGUCGCGAUGGUCCCCUGUUGGUGGUGUAAGCUCAGUUCUGACUCUGUCUGGAACAGAAAAGUUGGCGUCUUGGUUCGGAGCAUUUGUCAUUAAGCUGGAGAGGAGAAACAGGAACAGGCGAGCGUUUUGAUCAAGAAACAUCUGAAAAGUUUAACCAGGGUUUAAUGUUGAGGUGUAAGUUUUGAAACCUUUUUUUUUGGUAUGAAAGAAUUUGGUACUACAAUAGAUUUUAUUGCAGGUUUUAUGUGACAGAGGAGGACCAUGUGCACAGAUAAGGGGCUGCUUUUGACACCCCC